AUGAACAUCUUCCGAUUAUUAUUAUUGGCUGGUUUGGCUGUGGCCAAGCAGCCGAAUAUACUCUUCGUCUUAACUGAUGAUCAGGGUAAACAUGUUGGUGGAUUAGAACAUAUGCCAAAUCUUCAGGAAAAACUUGUCCAAAAGGGUGUCAGCUAUCCAAAACACUACUGCUCCGUCGCUCUCUGCUGUCCUUCCCGCGCAAACCUCUGGACAGGCCGGAUGCCACACAACACAAACGUAACAGACGUCGCGCUUCCAUACGGCGGAUACCCCAAAGUAGUCGAAGCAGGCUGGAACGACAACUACCUCCCCCUCUGGAUGCAAGACGCAGGCUACAACACCUACUACGUUGGCAAACUAUGGAACUCUCACACAGAAGACAACUAUAACAAGCCCUAUGCUCGUGGUUUUAAUGGGUCAGACUUUCUCCUCGAUCCAUGGACAUACAGAUACUAUUAUGCCCGUAUGACCCGAAACGGAAACCCGCCAGUUCAAUAUAACGGGAACUAUUCUACAGAUGUAAUUGCUGAAAAGGCCUCGGGAUUCUUAGACGAAGCCAUUGCGCAGGAUAAACCGUGGAUGCUUACUGUUGCUCCUAAUGCGCCUCAUGCGAAUGGAUCGAAUGACCCUACGCUUGAUGCGACUUGGUUUGGGGAGCCGGAGUAUGCACCGAGACACGCGGAUUUGUUUAAGGAUUUGAAGGCGCCUAGAGAUGGGAGCUUUAACAAGCUUAUUCAGGGGGCUGUUAGUUGGACUGAGAAUGUGCCGGAGCUGAAUCAGACUGAGAUCAAUUAUAUCGAUGUCUUUCAGAGGUGUCGGUUGAGGGCUUUGCAGGCUGUUGAUGAUAUGAUUGGGGACUUGAUUGAUCAGUUGGAUCAGGCUGGUGAGCUGGAUAAUACUUAUAUUUUCUUUUCGACGGAUAAUGGGUAUCAUCUUGGUCAACACCGUUUACAACCGGGGAAGAACUGUGGAUUUGAAACUGAUAUCAAUGUGCCGCUCAUCGUUCGAGGUCCUGGUAUCCCUGAGAACCAGACCUUGGAAGCUGUUACUAGCCACACGGACUUGGCGCCUACUUUCUUGUCCAUUGCCAAUUCCACGAGAGAGGGCCUUGAUGGAAAGGCCAUCCCAACAACUGUCGCUGCUAGUAAUGCGGAUAACAAGUCUGAACAUGUGGCAAUUGAAUAUUGGGGCUUGGCUGUUCCUGAGGGUAUCUAUGGCUAUGCUAGCAACAAGCUCAAUGAAGUCGGCAACAGCUACAAGAACAACACAUACAAAGGCAUUCGUCUCAUUUCUGAAAACUACAGCUUAUACUACGCUGUUUGGUGUACGAAUGAGAAGGAGUUUUACGAUCUCCAGGGCGAUCCCGACCAAACAGUCAACCUAGCAGCGAACCCUUCUGAACAUGCCAACUAUAAGAUUGCUAAUCGUGACCUUUCACAAAUCAUGAGUCGUCUUGAUGCGCUGAUGAUGGUUCUUAAGUCUUGUGAGGGAGAUCAGUGCCGUUAUCCCUGGCUUCAAUUGCAUCCUAAGGGUCAGGUGAAUACGUUAGCUGAAGCAUUGGUGACUGGAUUCGAUAAUUUCUACGCCAAUCAACCUAAGGUGUCAUUUUCUGCUUGUGAGCUUGGGUACAUUGUGGCGUCUGAGGGAGUUCAAAAAUUCAAUGUUUAUGGAGGCGGGACGAACCAAAAGCGAUCGGAUGAUUUGUUUGCUUUCUUUGAUUGGUAA